UUGUCAUUUCGCUUUCCGGAAGCGACCGGGUUGCUUUCAGUUUCAUUUGUAAGUUAUGGCUUUACUGGAAUAAUCAUGGAGCCAACUGGUAGAAUUUUGGCACUAUUUGUGGUGUUCCAAGUGUACACUUUGACAAGUUGUCGAGCGUGCGAUUUCUCUAUCGAUGGUUUUGCGUCAGAAUUUGUGCGAAAACGCUGUGCUUUUUCUUUCCACGACAAAUCCGAAACUAAAUACAUCGGAUUUGAAUUCCGACUUAAGGACAAUGAGGGGACAAAACAAGCUUUGGAAACGGUGAAAGUGAAUUUUCGCGAGUUCUUGUACAGUCCUUUGACGCGUUGGAACGAUAGCUGCGAUUGUAAUGAAGUGCCAUGUUUGAAUGAGGAACAAUCGAACUAUUUGUUUAUUUUAAGCGUCGAACAAGCGUUUGAAGAAGCGAAAUGGAGAAUUCCAUUUAUACCUGGGUUAUGCUGUUCUGUUCAACGAGCCCUGGUGGAAAUUAUAUAUCGUUUGGAUGAGAAACAAUUGACUAGUUUGAAGAAAUGUACUUUGAAUGAAAUUAACACACGUAAAUGUACAGCAUAUUUAACUAAUGAACUUCGCCAGACGGAAUGGUGUCAUAGUUUUAAAGCAAAAUGUGAAAAUGUCAUCGGUCAAAUUUUUAAAGGAUGUGAGGUGAAAGCGAGGAGGAAAAGACAUAUUGGUGUCAAAAAUACUCCAGUGUGUGGUCCAUCUGCUUGCUAUGAAGGUAGAGCAUCACUUUUGUCGACACCCCUACUGAGAAUCCAGGCUACUUCUUUUCUUGGAUUUCACGAUUUCGUGAGUACACCGUCGCGAAGCUCACUUAGUUUGAAGCUGGAGCCGUUUGCAUCUGAGGCCAGUCUUAAGUCAGUGGUAGCGAUCAAUUCAAGUUCUUCAGAUAUCUCCCGAAGUGCGAAAGUUCACGAGCUCACCUCGAGAGUUUCAAAUGAGACCGUAUUACAGACUUUUCCCGUCCCCUCUCCUAGUGGUUCAUGGAUAUCACCCGCUAAGGUUGGCUCUGGCGCGCAGUCCUCGUCACCUUUCACACCUUCCAACAUAACAUCUUUAGUCACAACCAAUGAGGUAGUAUCGAAAGAGAAGGCAAUGUUUACCAGAGCACAUAAAACCGCUGUCCGAUUUUCCACAAGAAAUGCUAGCCAAAAUUCUCAAAGCCCAACGACAGCGUUUUUUCGGAGUGGCACACCGGCGAGAAAGUCGCACCUAGUGCCACUUUCGCCAACGCGCACAACAAGGGAAGAAACUGAGCGCAUAUCUGAGAAAUCGAGCCCCGCAUCGUCAGCGUUCCAAAGCACUAACUCUGGGGAAAUGCGUCUCGUUGGAUCCACUGAUUUGACUUUCCACGUAGUUUCUGUCAGCUCUGUGCAGAAUGACACUUUUAAGAAGUCAGUCAGCUCUUCUAGUAAACUGCAAAGUUCUUUUCUGCAUUCUUCAUCGCUGCCUGCUCCAGUGCUGCCACCAUUGCCUUCAAUUUCAUCAUCAUCCUCAUCAAUUCUGCAUUUAACACCCUUGUUGUUACGGUCUUCAGCGUCAUCUGCGUUAUUGCCAAUUUUGGAAACGCAUCUGUCGUCAUUUUCGCAUUUGCCGUUAAAUUCACCGUCUCUGUCACAUUUGAGAAUGACCUCAAUUUCAUUGACACCGUUAUCGCAUUCGAUGGGGUCUUUAUCAACAUCUUCAUGCUGCUCUCCCUCCUCUUCUUCUGCCUCCCUCUUCUCUCCCUCUACUCCUCUCUUUUCCCCCUCCCCCUCCUCGUCGUCUUCUGCCUCCCUCUUCUCUCCUUCUUUCCCUCUCUUUUCCCCCUCCCCCUUCUCGUCGUCCUCUGCCUCCCUCUUCUCUCCCUCUACCCCUCUCUUUUCCCCCUCCCCCUCCUCGUCGUCCUCUACCUCCCUCUUCUCUCCUUCUAGCCCUCUCUUUUCCCCCUCCCCCCUCUCGUCGUCCUCUACCUCGCUAUUCUCUCCCUCUACCCCUCUCUUUUCCCCCUCCUCGUCGUCCUCUGCCUCCCUCUUCUCUCCUUCUACCCCUCUCUUUUCCCCCUCCCCCUUCUCGUGGUUCUCUGCCUCCCUCUUCUCUCGCUCAACCCCUCUGUUUUCCCCCUCCCCUUCCUCGUCGUGCUCUGCCUCCCUCUUCUACCCUUUCAUUUCUCUCUCUUUCACUUCCUCCUCCUCGUCCUUUGCCUCUUUCGUCUCCCCUUUCACCUCUGUCCCUUCUCCUUCCUCCUUUUCGCCGUCCUUUACGUCCAGCUUUUCCCCUUCCGCCUCUCUUUCUUCCUCCUCCUCCUUUUCGUCGUCUUCUGUCUCUUUCUUCUCCCCUUUUUCCUCUUUGUCUCUCUUGUUCCCCAUUUCGCCAUCUGCGUUUUUCUUCUCUUCCACCUACUCCUUGCCCUUCACCUCUUACUCCUUUUCUUCGCCCUCAUCUGUAUCAUCAAUUUCUCCGUCAUCAUUUCCAUUUUUAUCGUCAUCAUCUUCGUUGUUGUCGUCGUCUCUUUCAUCGUCAUCAUCAGCCACAACAAAAACAACUACUCCGAUGAAGUCAUCAGUAAUCCACUCAGUAACAGCACCAACUUCAUCACCAGUGUUAUCAUCGUCACCCUUAUCAUUACAGUCCCAAAGAACAGAACUAUUACCGUCGCCUGCACAAUCGACAGCAUUAUCAACGAUGACAUCAAAAAUAACUUUAUCGCCGCCAUCGACAAAUUUCGUGGCACAUUGGCCAUCGAUAUCCUCACCGUUAUUAUAUCUUCCAUCGACAUCAUCAUCAGUUUUAACCUUGUCAGAUGUGAAACGUUCUUUAGGUGUGACUUCACCCUUAUCUUCAUAUUCUAAACAUACUUUUGCAAAGAAAACCUUUAUUAGUGCUGAAACCUCAAAAAGUGAUUCUUCGCCCUCGAGCAUCCCUCAAUCGUUAAUUGCGACACCUUCAAAACCAAGCACAACUGUACCUACCGUCACUGACACAUUUCUGAUGAAAUUUCAGGGACACUGUAGUUUCAUUUUCAACAAGGAAGACUUCAAGUUUGCCUUUGUAACUGCUUUGACCAAACUCUUGCCGGUUUCAAGAUCUGAUGUCAUAGUCUAUGGCGUCAAGUGCGGUUCGGUGGAUGUUACCUUUGGAUUGCAAGGUCGCAACAGUAACUUAACAGAAAAACUGUGGGCGAUGAUAGCGAACGAAUCAUUUGUGUUAACCUACAAUGGGACGCAGUUUGUUGCGUUUGAAUUGAGACAAAUCAUAACACCAUCGUCCAUAACUUUCACAGACUCCACCACGUCCUCUUCAAUUCCAACCGUAACUUCCACCAAACACGGAAGAAAAAGGAUCGUGUUUAUAAUAUUCGUGUUGAUUGGUUCAGUAUUUGGAGCAUUAUUUAUUUUCUGCCUGGUUUUAUUCAUAGCCAGGUUCUGUACCUGCUGUCAGAAAACUAAGGGAAAAUUUCGCGUGCAUCGAAACGUUCGCUUGCAAGCACCUUUUGAAACUGAGUUGAAACGUUUUACGGCGCACAAAAAUAUCUUCCAAGGUCUUAACUAUUAUGGAGAAACAACUCAACUGGAGGAAACCAGAAAAGACGUAGAGCUUGAAAUUGUCGAUGACAUCGACGAGGAGCUCUCUGAACUUAGUCCCCUUUCGGACACAGAUAUUUACUUGUUAAAUGGUUAUGAUCAUGCGAAUUCUUACCAACCACAAGAGCACAAAUUUGUCUUUGAUGACGAUGGCUCUUGUUCCAGUGUGGUCUAUUACUAAAGCACUUCCAUGUGGAUGCUAUUUUGUACGAUUUAGAAAUAUUAGAUUGGGUGUUUCCAAACUGCAGGCUCAGUUUACAGCCGCUCGUGUUCCGGUGCGCCCACAGAUCGCAGGCACAUAGAACAUCAACAGUUAGAUACUGAGUUUAUUUUCAAACAUGACUACAAAACUGUGCUGCGAGGCUUUGAUUGCUAAAAAAUAAAAAACCUCUCAUAAAAUAAAGUCUUCCCCUAAGAUUAUUUAACUUUUCUUAACCGCAGAUGAUUUUGUGUAAGAUUUUAGAAACAAUUUCAAAAUAAACUCAUGUUUUA